AUGACCGCGGGGUGGAGCGUCGUGCUGGAUAACUUCUCGCCGUUCGUGAUCGCGGGGCCGCUGACGUUCGUGUUCCACGAGCUCGUCUACUUCGGCGCGUGGGUCCCGUGGCUGGUGCUCGACCAGAUCCCGUACUUCAACAAGUACAAGAUCCAGCCCGAAAAGAAGGCGGACGGCGCCAUGGUCGCGAAGUGCCUCAAGCGCCUUCUCCUCUCGCACGUGUUCAUCCAGCUCCCCAUGCAGCUGCUGUUCCAUUGGGUGGCGCAGUUCCUCGGGUUCUCCAUGGCCCUGCCCCUGCCCCCGGUCCGAGACCUCGCGUGGCAGCUCCCGGCUUUCUUCGUCAUCGAGGAUUUUUACUUUUACUGGAUCCACCGCGCUCUGCACCACAAGAGCGUGUACAAGUACGUGCACAAGAUCCACCACGAGCACACGCACCCCUUCGGGAUCGCCGCGGAGUACGCUCACCCCGUCGAGACCUUCUUCCUGGGCAUCGGAACCCUGCUGGGUCCCCUCUUUUUCGCUAAGCACAUGGUGACGCUCUGGGCGUGGCUCUUCGUUCGACUGUGGGAGACGGUUGAGGAUCACAGCGGCUACGACCUCCCGUGGAACCCCACCAACUUCAUUCCCUUCUGGGGCGGCGCCGUGCACCACGAUUUCCACCACAAGACCUUCCAGGGGCCGUACUCGUCCAUCUUCACGUGGUGCGAUUGGGCCUUUGGCACCGACAAGAUGUUCAGGGCGCAGCAGAAGAAACUCAGGGACGGGAAAGAGGGCGCGUACCCUGCGCAGUUCCGCGGCGCCCCCAACUUUGAGGCGCUCGAGCGGGAGCGGGCGAAGGCGAAGGUGGCGUGA